UGUGUUGCAUUUUUUUUUUCGUUUCGUUUUUAAUGUCCUAUAUAUUUUAGCAACCAAAAAUAAUAAAAAGUCUUUAUUAUUCAAUCAUCAUCAUACACAUUCUGUUAUUCUAUAUACAACCUAUAUACAAUUCUUACAUUCAAUUUCGAGGAUAUAACCACGUGGUUCAGACGUGGUUUCUUCACGCUCUUUUUCUUAAUUUUUUUUUGUGUGUGUGUGUGUGUGUGUGUAUGUGUGACAACCCUAACAGCUUAGCUUUUAUUACGAAUUCAACUUUUUUAAAUUCAAGGAAAAAAAACAUGGUAUUCAAAACCAACAACGAAAAUGAUGAUAAUUUUAACUUUGAUGAUGUAUCAGACACAUUACCUGUCGAUCGUCAACGAAUCGAAAUGAUAAAUGACAGAAUGGCCGAUUAUGUUGAUGAUGAUGAUGAAGAUGUCAUUUUUUUUCUAUUUGAAAUAUUAAAAAAAAAAUAUUGUCUUGCAGCUGUGAUCCUGAUUUUUAUUGAUCUCAAAAAUUUUUCCCCAUUUCUGGUUAUUUUAUAAUUAUUCUCCUAUAUAUCGUAGAAAAUAAACGAAUAUUUGCCGAUUCAUUGAAUGGUCAUAUAGUCAAAAUGGACAAUACUACAAAUAAUCAAUUAAAUGGCAAAGUAAUCAAUCAAAUGAAUAAACAGCCACCAUCACCAGCAUCGAAUAAUUCUAAUCUCAUUGAUCGAUAUAAUUUUGUCUAUAUCGUAUUACUAUUACAUGGUAUUGCUAUGCUAAUGCCAUGGAAUAUGUUCAUCAAUGCUACCGAGUAUUUCACUGAUUAUAAACUUACAAUUCAAUUGAAUAAUGGUACAAAAAUUGAAUCAAAAUAUAAGGAAUAUUUUCUUAGUAAUUUGGGUAUAGCAUCACAAGUGCCGAAUGUUUUGUUCAAUAUACUCAAUAUUUUCUUUCAAUUUGGAAACAAAAGUGAUCCUACUGGUGGAUUUAAUAUUCGAAUAUUGGGAGCAAUUUUCAUCGAAUUAAUCUUCAUCAUCAUUACUGUAUUAUUGGCAUGGAUUGAUACAACCGAUUGGGUGACAACAUUUUUCUAUCUUACAAUGGUUACCGUUAUCAUAUUGAACAUGGUGAAUGCUAUCUAUCAGAAUUCUUUUUAUGGUCUCGGUUCUCGUUUACCGAUGAGAUAUACGAAUGCCAUUGUAACCGGUACAAAUGUAUGUGGUACAUUUACAUCGUUGAUCAACAUUGCCACCAUAGCAAUGUCACCGAAUAAACGUAUUGCAGCAAUUUAUUUCUUCACUUCCGCUAUUGUUGUCCUAUUUCUUGCUUUCACAUCGUUUUUUAUGUUGAAGAAAAAUAAAUAUUUCCUGUAUUAUCUACGAAACACUCAUCUUCAACAACAACCAACAACAACGAUAACGAUAGAUGGCACAACAGAAACAGAAAUGAAAACAAAAACAACUACGGAAAAUCAAAAUCUUUUGACCACCACUACCGAUUCUGAUCGUGAUUUAGAAUCAAAAGAAAAAAUUUCCGAUAAACAACAACCGAAACCAGAACGGCCACCAUAUCUAUACGUAUUUCGAUUCGUUUGGAAACAAUGUUUGAAUGUAUUCCUCGUGUUUUUCGUUACACUUGCCACGUUUCCUGUCAUUCAAUCCGAUAUCCGACCCAUAAAUCCGGAAUAUUUUGGAUCAAAAGAAUUGACCGACAAAUACUAUGUAGCUGUCGCCUGUUUUCUAGUUUUCAAUUCUUGUGCAUUGUUUGGUAAUUUGGUGCCCAAUUUUGUUAUUUUUCCCGGUCCUGAUAAAUUAUGGAUACCGGUAGUGUCACGAUUUUUAUUCAUACCAUUUUUUAUGCUUUGUAAUUAUGCACCGAAUCGACGACAAUGGCCAGUAUUGAUACAAUCAGAUCUACUUUAUCUCUUUGGCAGCAUUCUGAUGGGUUUUAGUUCCGGUUAUUAUAGCUCAUUAUGUAUGAUGUAUACACCACAAUCAGUACCGGAUCCAAAAUUGGCCGGUACAGCCGGUAUGAUGGCAGCCGCAUCAUUAAUAUGUGGUAUAUUUUUAGGUGUAAAUUUUUCAUCCGUACUUGCUUGGUUUAUUCGACAAUAAUUUUUUUCAAAUUAUUAGUUUUUAUUUUAU